AUGGACCCGAGCUACAAGGCUCGCAAGGAGGCCUUCGUCUCGAACCUUUCGGGAAGUUCCAUCCUAGAAAUCAAUGCCGUCACCCUCGUCGCUUCGACAUCCGUCCUUCUCUGGUCCGCGCUCCAGUCCCGAUUGUCCUUCUUCACAUCUGCUAGCCCCGCCGCCCUCGUAGCAGACUUCCUUCUCAAUGUACUAGCCAUCUUGUUUGCAACAACGGCUUAUUCAUCGGCACCAUGGCUGCUGAACAUCCUCCUCGUCUCCCCCGUUCUACUCCUCGUUUUGACGCCAUCGCCCGCGCGUACCAAAAAAGCGAAACCUCCACGCAAGUCCACGGCCACGGAAAAUGAUGAAGUUCAAGAUAUUCGAGAGAGGGCAGCAUCCCUGCCCAUCCACCCUUUCCUGACGACAUAUCGCGCCGCCAUGAUGAUCGUCACCUGUGUCGCCAUUCUGGCUGUCGACUUCCCCGUGUUCCCGCGUCGUUUCGCCAAAGUCGAGAACUGGGGUACAUCUCUCAUGGACUUGGGUGUCGGCUCGUUUGUGUUUUCUGCCGGCGUGGUCUCUGCUCGUGCGGUUUUGAAGGGUCGCGAUUCGCGAUCUGCCCGGCCAGCUCUUCCCAAGAGACUGAUCGGGUCUGCUCGACAUGCAGUCCCUCUCAUUGUGUUGGGCCUGAUCCGGCUCUGGAGUGUCAAAGGGCUUGACUAUGCGGAACACGUCACGGAAUACGGCGUGCAUUGGAACUUUUUCUUCACUCUCGGCUUGUUGCCCCCCUUUGUAGAGAUCUUUGACUCGUUGACAGCGGUAAUUCCGUCCUACGAGCUUCUAGCACUUGUCAGUGCAGCCCUCUAUCAGAUCGCUUUGGAAUCAACCGAUCUCAAGGGCUACAUCCUCGUCUCUCCCCGAGGUCCGGACCUCUUGUCGAAGAACCGCGAGGGCGUCUUCUCGUUCAUUGGAUACUUGGCCAUCUUCCUUGCCGGUCGGGGAGCUGGAAUUCGUAUUAUACCACGCGGAAUAUCGUCCUCCAAAACCCCACAGCAGGCGCGCAGAUCCGUGCUAACAAGCUUGGUGCUCCAGGCCUUGUUUUGGUCUACCUUGUUCUUUUUCAAUUCCACUUACGCCUUCGGCUACGGCGCCAACAUUAUCGUGUCGCGCCGGUUGGCCAAUAUGCCGUAUGUGCUCUGGGUCUCCGCGUUCAACAGCGCCCAGCUGUUCUUGUUCUGUCUGACGGAGACUAUGUUCUUUCCGUGGAUUCACCGGUUAUCCGGGAAAGACGGCGAGGUGGAGCGCGCCUCUUUUGCGACGAGCAGGAUCAUGCACGCGUUCAAUCGCGGUGGUCUUGGGGUUUUUCUCAUUGCAAACCUGCUGACAGGCGCAGUGAACUUGAGCGUGCGGACUUUGGAUGUCCAAACGCCACAGGCCAUGGGCAUCUUGGUGGCCUAUGCCGCGGUCGUGACUGGUGUCGCGCUGGCAAUGGACCGGUAUAAUAUUCGCCUGGCCUUGUAA